AUGGCAGCACAGAAAAGAGGGGAAGAGAGGGAAGAAGACGGCAAGAAAAGCUCGUCUCUUGUCUACCGAAAAAUGCACGAUCUCUUUGGUUUAGAGCGGCACUGCGGUAGCAACGACCUGGACGACAAGCGGCCGAAAGUCGGUCUCGACGAGUCGGUCACCCCUCAAAGCGUCUGCCCCUGCCCCUCCUCUCUCUCAGUGACUGAGUCCAAUGUGAAAAAUUUGCCCCGCACCAAAAAUGAAGGGUGCCAAAGAGGCGCGGGGUUGCCCAUGUCCACCUUACACCUUGGACGGUGUACUACAAGGGCUGGGAUUGAUGGCGCCUUCAUCUUUUCGUCGACAGGGGACCGACCGCUGACCCGUUCGCCUUCGAGAAGCGGCAUGUCGGCGCUGCAGAAUCCAUUUAGUCGUGCCGUCUCAGAUAUGCAAAAGCGUAUGCCCGCCGACUGUCCACCAAUAUCCCUAGUGACUACCCCUCCAUCACCCCUCUUUCCCAAUGGGGCUCGUGGCAUGUCAAAAGUCAAUAGAACCAUCGCGCUGCUGCACGGCGGCUGA